UCCCCAAUCUCUUAUAACCAAAAUCCCUAAUUUCUACCAAAUAUCUCUCUCUCUCUCUCUCUCUCUCGCAACUGUGAGCAUGGGCGACGACGGCGUCGAGCCACGGGCACCAGUGAAUGAAGGAAGCCAGACAUUGACGACUAUUGUCGGAGUCCUUCACUUCUCUAUCGAUAUCCAUUACCAGCAAACGAAGUUCUCUGGCUUGAAUCUCAUCGGGGGUUUAGCUAAAGACACUACAUUAGAUCAGUUCACGAAGUACUUUGGAAAGUACGGGGAGAUUACAGAUUCGGUUAUAAUGAAAAAUCGGCACACUGGUCGACCCAGGGGUUUUGGGUUUAUCACCUAUGCUGAUCCUUUUGUUGUUGACACUGUUAUUGCUGAAACCCAUGUCAUCAAUGACAAACAGGUGCUUUUCCUCACUUGGGUUAUUUACUUUGGAAGAAAAAUCUUUGUGCAUUUUGUGUUUCUGGGUUUUGCUGUUUUUCCUGAUAGGAAAAACUGUGGCGAAGAGAGAAGAAAAACAGAAAAUUUGAUGCUUUUCCUUAACUUUACAUCUUGUUUAGUGCCUUUGAACUUGAAACUUGAAGUAAUAAACAUUCCGUGCCAAAGUAAACCGAAGCUUACUCUCUUAAAUUUCUAUUUAAUUUUUGUUCUCCACAAGACUUCCUCUAUGUACCCACCCAAAUAAAUGUGUUUGUUUCAAGAUUGGCUUGGAAAUUUAUCUCCCUCUGGUGUUGGUUUGGAAAAUAUAUACGAAAUAGUUAGA